CGGAAGUCCGGCGGGCUCUGGGCGUCGAGAUGGAGGAAGCGGAGUACGAGUCGGUUCUCUGUGUGAAGCCAGAUGUCCACGUCUACCGCAUCCCGCCGCGGGCCACCAACCGUGGUUACAGGGCUGCGGAGUGGCAGCUGGACCAGCCAUCCUGGAGUGGCCGGCUGCGGAUCACUGCAAAAGGCCAGACGGCCUACAUCAAGCUGGAGGACAGGACCUCAGGGGAGCUCUUUGCUCAGGCCCCAGUGGAUCAGUUUCCCGGCACAGCUGUGGAGAGCGUGACGGAUUCCAGCAGGUACUUCGUUAUCCGCAUCGAAGAUGGAAACGGGCGACGGGCGUUUAUUGGAAUUGGCUUCGGGGACCGAGGUGACGCCUUUGACUUCAAUGUUGCCUUGCAGGACCAUUUCAAGUGGGUGAAACAGCAGUGUGAAUUUGCAAAACAAGCCCAGAACCCAGAUCAAGGUCCCAAAUUGGACCUAAGUUUCAAGGAGGGCCAGACCAUCAAGCUCAACAUCUCGAGCAUGAAGAAGAAGGAAGGCGCAGCCGGGACGCCCCGCGCCCGGCCCACCAGCACGGGAGGACUGAGCCUGCUUCCCCCACCCCCAGGGGCAAAGACCGCUGCCCUGGCCCCUCUCUCCAGGGAGCAUUUGUCUGUGGGGGGCUCUGUCGUCCAGCCAGCAGUUUCUCCCAGCUCAGGAGGUGCCACUGUGUCCUGGCCACAGCCCAAGCCUGCCACCACUGCCACCGCCGAUAUCUGGGGAGACUUCGCCAAAUCCACAGGGUCGACCUCCAGCCAGACUCAGCCAGGCGCAGGCUGGGUCCAGUUCUGACCUGGAUGUGACUCUUCCUCAUACGACUUCUGGAGAGGAGCCGCCUCGUCAGGGCUGAAGGAAGGAGAAUGCGGUGCUCCCUGGCCGGCCUCUGUUGGGAACAUGAGUCUCCUCUCCUCCUCCUCACCUGGCUCUCUCGACAGACUGGGCACGUUGGGUGGUACAUUGGCCCCAUGUCACACUGUUGCCUGGGAUUCGAAUUUGCAACCAGAACUUGGAAGAAGAGUUCCUGGAUGCCUAUCCCCGUCUGUCCUCUUGACAUGAGAGAGACUCUGAGACUCUUCCAUCGUGAUGACUCUUAUUAAACACAAGCCCCCAAAGCAAAAGAAGGGCUUGAGUGUGCUGCCUGGGUUCAGACCAGCCCGUCUGGGGAGGCCACAGGUGUCUCAUGAUCACUGUCUGGAGGGGCCUUUCUGCACAUGCGCCGGCUGUAGCCAUUCCCGUCAGGAGGAGGGUUCCUUCCUGACUUCUGAAAGGCUUUUAGGCUGCAGCCUGAACAGAUGCUCAGGAGGGAAACCAAGAGCAUUGACCAGCUUUUUAAAAUUCUUUUAGUGUUUGCUUUGCUGAUGUGCUGAUCUGCACUAACUCACGGUCUUUGUAAAAGCAUGCCCUGGCAGCCUGCCCCCGCAGGAGCCUCUGAAAGCAUUCCUCACUGUCAGCUGCGGGAGCGGCUCUGAGCUUCAGGAGCAGUGUUCAUCUCAACCUUGUGGCCUGGUUUCCGUGUGUGCAAGGCCCGGCGGGCAGGGCAGGGCUGAGGCAGGUGCUGGCGGCAGCCAGGCCUGCAUCUGGGCCAGAGUGGCUGCUAUUCUCAUGGAGGUGAGGGCUUUGGCCCUGCCGUCGCGGGCAGCCGUGUGGGCUCCCAGGCUCACUGCGUGGUUCCUGGCGGACUUGGGCUCUCUCCCGGGUGUUUCCUGAAGUGCCUUGUCUGCAGACAGUUCCUUCCUUCCUUCUCUCCUUCGGGGACUGUACGUGACAGAAGGAGUCUGAAGCAGCUGGAAGUCUAGGUUUGCCUGUGUUCCUGGUUUAUAGGAAAUAACUUUAUCUGAGCACACCUAUAAAAUCACUUUCGUUGACAUCCAUUACCUCUUUAAUUGAAAGCGUUCUUUUUUGAAAGGUCUAGAUGAAUUGAAAAAAAGUGUUGGCCUUUUGGUGGGACCAGAUUUCUAAGAUAAAAAAUAAAUAUUUCUA